AUGUCUACAAUUGCACAUUGUGUUUCUGGUUACGGCCAAGGAACGGAUACAACUGCCGUGCUAACAAAUCGAUCGAAAUACAUCACUAUUAUUGGAGACGAGCCAUAUUACUCUCGCCAUUCGAGAACUUUUCCGUCGGCGAGACACAGAAAGGGAACAAGACCAAUGCAUACAACAACGCUUACAUAUGAAGUGAAACCAAUUCAGACUUCAUAUGUCAGCUGUAUGAAAGCGGUGAGUAAAUAUUUCCUUUUAUUAAUAUAGUUGAACAGCUGUCUUGUGUUUGAAUUUCGAUCGCAUGAUGUUGAAGAUGUGCGAGGCGGGAAUUAGACAAACAAGAAUUAAGUUAAGAAGUGUUUGAUAGGAUCUUGAAACUGUUCUAUCAAUCAGUCAUUCUUGAACAGUCUUACAUUUCCGCCAGCAUUUACCGUAUCCUUCCUUUCAAAAAGGAAAAUUGUGACUUUAUUGCUUAAUUAUUAACACUCCACAAUGUCCGGUGUCGUGACUGCAUGGAAUAUUGUUGGAAGAUCGAUUCGCCUGAUGGCAGUUCGGCCAGACUAAGUCGAAUCGCCUGAUGUGUAUUUGUCGUUCUUUAAGCCUGAGAAAAAGGAAUAAGCAUGGAAAGACAGUGACUGCAGAUGUGGCAUCCAAGGUUAACUCAAGGCUGUCAAUACCCACCACGUCUUCAAAUAUUGAGAAUUGAUAGGGAAGGGAUGAUAGAUGACGUCAUAACGCAUGUUACAUGACGUCAUUGGUGCAAAAACAUACUGGUUGACUCCAAUCGUCACAAAUUUGCGAUGACACAAAACGUGCAAAAAAGAUGUUGUUGGCAUUGUUGUAUUUGAGCUGAUUGGUUUACUUUUUACCAAUCACAUUAUUAUUACCAUGAAAUGCCGGAGUUUAUGAGCGAACGUUCAAUGUUAACAUUAAAAUAGCUCAAACAAUGCAAAAUAUUUGAAAUUUAGCCUGUCAACAGAGAUCCUAUUCACAGGGUAUAUGAAAUGUUAUUGUCGGAAAGUCAGGUCUACUGAAGAAAUGUAUGGGCGGCCAUUACCACUAAAAAUACAAUCAUGUCAAAUAGCACAGACAGAACACAAAUGGUCUAGUGAUGAAUUACGAAAUGGUUCAAAUGAUAAAGAAAUGAUCAUUCGUAAAAUAAAAUAGUCUGGUUGUUUUGUGUGAAAUGGUUCACCUAAACUACAAAUGAUCAGUCAGAUGAGAAGCUGUCCGCUGGUAGAUGUUAAAACGAUAUCGCCAAACAAGAAUCUGUUUGUUUAAAUUACAGGCCAUCAAUAUUCCAUGUGCGAAAUGAUCAAGCUUGACAACGAAGUAUGAUUAUUUGAACAUGGCCUCCAUGAAAAGUAGUUUUUAUUUUUUAUAUUUUGUACCUAUUUUUGUUUGUAGUUAGGAAGAUAGGCAGAUACUUGGGUUAAUUUUUGCUGGGUCUUGCCGCUAGCCUCUCAGAACCCCAACCCCAUUAUAGUCUAUUCUGUGGCCAAACAUAGAACCCAUCCUAGUUACAACUGGAAAACUGUAAUUUUGAUGAUCCCACUUAGUAACUUUCUGUUUAUGAAUUGACUUUAUAAAGCCUUUUAACUAGGUCAUCUUGAGAUGAAUUGACACAUCGGUUAAACUUAAUGAAGUAAAAAUAUUCCCAUUUUUAAAUCGCUACCUACCUGAAUUUUUUGAUUCCCCAAAUCCCAAAAAUGUGCGAUCCCAUUCUAGUUACUGUAAUGAAAAUGUAACCCCAUCAUAGUCAGUCCAGCCGUGAAGAUGCAACCCCAUCCAGCGGCAAAUCCCCAUUAUCCUAUUACUAGGAAGGGGGCGUUCCUACAGGCUGAGUCCCCUGCAGGCUCGUAUUAUUCUCUUUUGGACACUAAGAGGUCUCUGUCAGAUAUUAUCUUGUAUUUACACUGUCUGAUCUGUACACUUUUUAAACAAAUUUUUCUGGACGUAGUUUGCCACCUGGUCAGAGACCACCAGCGUACCAUCUCAACACACUUCAAACUUCAGUAUUGGAAUUUUACCUGGACAACAGCUUGACACUCACUCAAGAACAACAUAUGUGAAACAUCAAGUCAGACGGUAAGUAAAGAUAAUAAAAUGUUAGGGUGGGGUGAAUAGAAGUCAGUAGAUUGGUACCCUGGGACUCAUAGCUUCAGCCUUUGGCUGAAAAGAUACACCAACCAGCGACUAACUCAAAACAUCUCCCACUGUACUCCAUUGCACACACAAGAAAAAACCACUGGUACAGGGUACCCGCGGUGUGGUGGGGAGGGGCGAGGGGGUACUCAACCAAUAUUUGGGUAUAGGUUAGGCUGCCGAAGGUUUGAAACCCUGAUCCUGAAUAGGACAAAACCCUCGAUUUUAUAACCUUGUUUAGGACAAAGAAUGUGGACACCAGACUUGCCCAGACUUGCCCGAAAUUGUAUACCCUGUUUAGGACAGACUUGUGCAAAAUUAUACACCCUGUUUAGGGUAAAGAGCCAUAAUCUGUCCAGUGGCACAUCCCCAUACAGGUCAUAUAAGGGAGUACUUCCCCCCAGGCCAGGGUAGUAGAUUGGAGGAGGAAAAAAAAAGCCUCAGCACAAAAGAAUAAGUCAUGUUAGUUUUUGCUAGGGGGGCAGUUUCUAUUUGCUCAGCCUAAAUAAUUAUUAUGCUGAAUAAUGGUUUGGCUUAUUUAGUGUUAUAGUUUCCUGUGAAGAAAAAGACAAAUAAUUAUUAUAAUCAGCAAACUUACUUUAAUAUGCGAUGAUACUUUAACAGGCUGAAGAGGUCCAUGAGGAUAACAUUAGAUGGAACAGUCAAAUGGCUGGAGAGGAUAUGAUUAAAUCAACAAGGCAUCAGGGCUCUCAAGAGGUUUAUAGUUUUGAAUUUGCAGUACAUAAAAAUAUGCAAUGAAGUUAUCGGUGAUGUUAUCAGUUAUCAUUAAUAAAAACUGUUAUUGACAGUAAGAUUAGAAGAGGUAUGGUAAAAAUUGAGAAUGAUACAGACAUAACCUGCUAGUUGUUCGGAUUCUUCUGAAAGCCAGGACUUCAAAUAGGCCAAACGUAUCCGAAAAGAUUUCUCAAAGCCCAAAAGAAGUUAAGACACUGUUAAGAAGAUUUCAGAAAUUCUCAAAAAAGGGAACAGUGGUUUCUCGGGCAUCAUUAGGAAGUACAGAAAACGAAAAAACAGUUUGGUAGUUUAUACUGACUUUCUGUGCUGAAAAAAUGUUGAGAAAUAUGUUUUGCAGUAUAUCCAAAAGACAUAUGGUGAAGACUGUGAGAUUACUCUGCUUGCAGAUGAAGGACCAUAAAAUAAUCACGCACUUUUCAGUUAAGCUUUUUAUGUAGUUGAAGUUCCUUAACAGUAUUUAGGACAUUUAGGGAGUCAUGGGUUCAAAUCCUAGCUGACUUUUCUCAUGCUGGUGAUGUUUGAAUUAAACAUUUUCUGGCAGUAAUUAGAACAACCAGGGGUUAUUUUUCCCUCAACAGAUGAACUUUUCCACCACAUAUUACAAGGUUCAUGACCUUCUUGGCAGACAGCGAGGUCCUGGUGUGAAAAGACUUCCACCUAUAAACUACACUUACGACAUCAUUACAGGUAAAGGCAGCAAUCUUCAUGUGACAUUAUUUUAAAGCCGCGUGCCGGACGUCCUGUUUUUUCUACCAGCAUACCGUAUUUAUUCGAAUAAGCGCCCAACCUCGAAUUAGCGCCCACCUCGAAUAAGCGCCCAUCUUAAAGGCAGAAAAAGUUAAUAAGCGCCCAACCUCGAAUAAGCGCUCACCCCCUCCUCCUCCCAAUCAAACUCAAAUAAGCGUUCACCCCCACCCCACCCACUUGAGUGAAUAAAUUCUAAUCAGAGACUUCCCCGAGGACGGAGUUUUCUUCAGAGUAUUUUAUAGAAACCUUGCUUUGUUACUUAUUCGCGUUUUGUUAGUGGCAUUUAUUGUUUUGUUGCAAAAUAAACAUACUUCACUUGCUGAAAAUGGUGAAAAUUUAAUAAGCGCCCAGCCUCGAACAAGCGCCCACCUCGAAUAAGCGCCCACUCUCAAGGUCCAAAAAUUUAAUAAGCGCCCAGGGCAGUUAAUCGAAUAAAUACGGUAAUAUAACUCAAGCAAAAUGUUUGGAGAAGAAAGGAAAAAACAGAAACCUAUUACGUCGGCAUGAGCCAAAGGCCUUUUGAGUGUUCCUCUCAACAUCUUGUAUUGGCAUGGGUUAUAAUACGAGGGUCGUGAAACGGAAUAGGUUUUUCAUGAACCAGGGUUUCAAAGACAAAUGGGGGCGAGAUUCAGGAUUGAAUUUAUUGCACAGUAAUUUUUAGGGAGUUAUUAUAACUCCAAAAAUGGAGAAAAAAUUUUAGGUACAGGAUCACUCCUUUUUUGGGGUUAUUUUUAACUCCAAAUCUGGGGUUAUUUUUACUUCUGCAAAAGACUUCUUUAAACUCCUUUUUGGAGUUAAAAUAACUGCCAAACAAAUAACUCCACUGUAAGGAGUUAAAUUAACCCGACUAGAGGAAUUAUUAUAAUUGCUUGAAAAUUACUGUGUGCGUGUAUGCCCUGUAUGCUUGGGAUGCCGAAAAUAAUCAUUGGGAUUUCGAGAUUGAGAGAAAAUUUAGGUCCCGAUGACCCUCUAACACGCCAGUAUUAAAAAAAAGAAAGUAAAUGAAAAGCUCAGUAGAUUACUUGUAUGAAUUCAAUAGCUUUAAGUAAGAGCAAGGAUUUUUGAAAGUUUCUAUGAAUUUAUUGGUAAAACAACCAUGUUUUUUGUUAUACAAUCAGAGCGCGCAAAGUAUCUGUGUUCCCAUGAAUCAUUGUCUUCCAUGCCAUAAUCAAUAAUCACAAUCCUAUUUUUUGUUGUCUUACUUUUGAAUCAUAGAGGAAUGAUAUCCGCUUUCUUGCAGGUGAACCCCUUACCAGACAGAUGGGUGAUGACUACAGGCUUACUUCAGGAAACAGGAUUCUAAACGAAGCUCGGCAAAAUGACAGAGGACAGUUCCUUCUGGGAUGAUUGUAAUAGAUCUAGAGGUUCUCAGAGAUCAUGAACAGUUGUUCCUUCAAAACUUUUAGAAUUUCUCUUAUGACAGAAAUCACUAUAAACUUAAGUAUGCCGAAUUGAAAAUUAUAAAUGUGCAAGUGAAAUGCAAAUUUUAAGACUUAUAAGGUAAUAUAAGAGACUUUUCCUCUUGGGUAAUAAUAUUUUUGCUAUGCUCAAUGGAGCUCUAAAGACAAUUUCAAUAAUUUUUGGUCAUGUAGGGUGCUGGAAUGUACCCCAUUUGUAUGUUAAUUUAUUCUCUAAGAAAUGUAGUUUGCAGAAAAUUAUAAUAUUGGUUACAACCCCAGUUUGUUCUGUUUGCUUGUGACCCUGUAAGGUUUGUUGUUGAAAUUUAUGUGUGACUUGUAGAAUUUGGGAGUUUCUUCUAAAUUAUGAAUACAUUCAUUGAUUUCACCCUUUAUACUGGUGAGCACUGCAAUGGAUACAAAAAAUAAAUUUAUUAGCAAAGAUCACACUACAAAGAGAGGAAUUUACUAAAAGGGUUUCAAAUUAAAUUACUCUACCACUCUUGUUCUGAGCUGUUCUUUUCUUUAUCGCAAAACAUUAUGUCAC